AACAGAGGUGUCGCUCGAUGAAAGUGCAUAGCUCGCUUAUGGGAGUUGGCGGUUGGUACGAACGCUUGGCGGCCGGUUGGCUCCCGGAUAUGAGGAGUAAGCAGGUCCCCACGUCCACCACCUCGGCCAGGCGGUUCGCGGCCUUAAUUCGUCCGCUCGCGGGCGGAGGCGACAGCAAGCCGUCGGAAGAGGAGGAGGACCGCGGAGGUUCCCCUUUGGGCCCCGGGGGCCCUUUCAGCUGCAGCCAGUGCCGCGGGGCCUACCCCACCAGAGAGCAGCUGGAGAGACACGAGACGCUCCACUCGCCCAACACACAGGUGGAUACCGUCAAAUAUUCAUGCAAAAUCUGCCACAAGAGCUUCGCCAACGUGUAUCGCCUACAGCGGCAUAUGAUUAGCCACGACGAGAGCGCUCUCUUACGCAAAUUCAAGUGCAACGACUGCGAUAAAGCCUUUAAGUUUAAACAUCACUUAAAAGAACAUCUCCGAAUCCACAGCGGUGAGAAACCGUUCGAAUGUGCAAACUGUGGAAAGAAAUUCUCUCACUCGGGCUCAUAUUCCAGCCACAUGACUUCCAAGAAAUGUCUUGUCAUGAACCUCAAAAUGGGCAGAAUAAAGCCCAACAACCCCGCUCUAAACCCUGAACGCAGUCCUUCGCAUCGAAAACGAGCGAAUGCAAUGGUCGCGUCUCAUCUAAACAAUAACAUUGCUCCGAACAGCAACUCUUACUUACCCAUACUUCCUAAAUACAACGAGGCUGCUGCAGCCGCAUUUUUCGCAUCAAUGUCUUCUCCAGACAAUAACUUCCCAAGACCUUCACUUGGACAGCCUGGUAUCAGUCCAUUUUACAUGCCUCCUGGUAUGAAUAUGAGCCCUGCGAGUGGAAUAACUCCUUACAGCUUUCCUGCUCUUAGUCAACUAUUUGAGCAGAUUGCUUCAACACAAUACCAACAAAGAAAACUAGAAGAUGCCUUGAAUCCGAAACAUAUGGGUUCUGCGACUGACCCGGAAGAUUUAAUAGAAGAGGUUACUGAGGAAGACGACAAACGAUCAGAAGGUAGCGCAGAACUCGUAAUGGAUAUAGAAGAGGAUGAAGCUAUGAACAUUAAAAAGGAACAAGAAGAUCGGGAGAACGAUCGAAGAUCGCCAACUCACAAUUAUGAUUCCGUCCCUUCCAAUAACCCUGUGCACCAUAAUAAUCACGGUUUCAACACUAUUUUAGAGUCUGUAAAUGCAUCGGUGGCUAAACACUUCUUUACAACGAAUAUGGAAAAGCUUUCACCAGUAUCUGGAAAUAUAUGCCCCAGUAUAGAAUCACCGCCUGCUCCACAUAUUAAAGAAGAACCUGAUGAUAAUUUUCGGUGUAUAAAGUGCAAUGAACAUUUUAACAACAAAAGUGACCUUUUAGAUCAUGAAAAAUUAGUUUGUGGCAAUAUUUUUAGAAAGCAUGAAGGUUUGGCAGCUCAAGUAGCUGAAACAGCAGCUUUAAAGAGAAUAGAAGCAGAAGCCCGUGCUUCUAUUCAGAGUGGAGUUAGUGCCAGUGAGGAUGAAGAUUUCUCUAGAGAAGAAAGAGAUGAAAAAAGUUCUAUCCACGACAACGAUAGGAAGAUAAGAGUUCGCACAGCAUUGAGUGAGGAACAGCAAGCGGUGUUGAAAGAGCAAUAUGCAGUGAAUCCCCGACCAAAUCGCGAUGAAUUUAAGAAAAUUGCUCAGCAGAUUGGUUUGGACAACAGAGUUGUGCAAGUAUGGUUCCAAAAUAAUAGAGCAAGAGUGCGAAGAAUGACACAAACAUUAGCGUCAUCCGACCAACCUUUAGAUUUAUCCACUAAGAAAACUAACCCAUCUGUGACGUCAAGUCCGACCCCUUCACCACCAUGUAGCAUUUCAGUGACACAUUCCGACUCCGAGGAAGCAGUGAAUCUGAGUCAGAAGUCGUCGCGUAGCACGACACCGCACCACGCUAACUUUAUGCCCGCGUAUCCACAUUCCAACUGCUCGUCAUCUUCUCUAACCGACUUUAGAUUAUCUCCUUCUCCUGGCGAGCCUAUCAAUGGACAUAAAAGGUUACUGACACACAAGAUGUCCAUCAACCCUUUGAUGCCCAUGGACAAGCUCCUACAGUUUAAUGAUAUGGCUCGAUCGCCUUUGCUUAACAUGUCGAUGGCAUCGGAUAUAAACCGGCAGACGACGAGUCCCUCGUACGAGCGUGCCCUGUGGGGGGAAGACAGACAGACACCGAACGAAUACGACGACGAAGCAACAGUACUUAAAAAGAGCAAACUGAAGCCGAGUGCAGAAUUCAAGGAAGGAGAGGGGCAAUUUGUAUGUGACCAGUGCGACAAGACGUUCGUGAAGCAAAGUUCUCUUGCCAGACAUAAAUAUGAACAUUCAGGACAACGGCCAUACAAAUGCGUGGAGUGUCCGAAGGCCUUCAAGCACAAACAUCAUUUAACUGAACACAAAAGGUUACACACGGGAGAAAAGCCGUUCCAAUGCUGCAAAUGCUUUAAGAAAUUCUCCCACUCUGGGUCUUACAGCCAGCACAUGAAUCAUCGUUUUGCUAUAUGUAAACCUUAUAGAGAUUAGAUUAACUUCAUGCCUGAAAAAUAUUUUUCUUACGUUUGAUAUUUGCUGAAGCUGCUGAACGGCAUUAGUUAUAUAGUAUAUCAAACAACUUAAACUUGUUUUCGGAAAACUCUUUCGGGCAGGUUCCUUCUACGCAUUAUUAACAAACUAAGAGUUAAAACUUUAACAGUUGAACUCUAAACAGAGAUGUUCUCUGACUGUCCCGGAAGAUUAAAAAAAUGUGUUAACACUCCCUAGCUUCUAGUAAUACAGAUGUAUUUCCAGAUACAAGUCAGUAUAGCAAAAUAGUUACCGCCAAAGCCAUAUAUUAAAGAAGAACUUUAAAUGUUUGAAUUGCAAUGAAAUUUUCAACAACCUUUUAGAUCAUGAGAAAGUAGUUUGAAACUGAAAUUGAAAGACCUAAACAACAGAGUUGUGCAAGAAUGAUUACGAUAAAAUAUCAACCAUUGAAAGCAUUAUAUUAGCGACAUCUGAGCAGCCAUUAUAGCUAAGGAAAUAUCAGCUAUCAAGUCACCACAUUCAGAGUCCGAGGAAGCAGUAAACCUCAACAAAAUUCUGUGUAACUUUUUCAUAAUAGGAAAUUUGAAAUGAGUAUCGAAGUACAUGCACAUUUUCGGCCGUAAGUUUGUCAGCUUCUCUGAAAAAAAAAUAGAACCUGACAUCUGUAAAAGAUAAUUAUGUAUUUAAUUCCUCGACCGGUAUUUUCAUUUCGAAUUAAUGGCUAUUGCUCAACUCUGUAUUUUAUAGUAAAACUAUAUUUAUUAUAAGUAGUACGUAUUUCCGCGAAUUUGAAAUGUGCCAAAGUGGUGCCAAUUAUACCAAAAGAAAUGCCAAAUUUAUAUUUUACAUUAUUUAAGUUAUGUUAAUCCCAAAGGCCAGUACCUGUAGCAUAAUACUCAUUGAUAAAGCUAUUUUCUUUUUAUAUAGUGGCCUAAUUUAAUAGGAUAUAUACGCGUGACGAUAUCAUUGUUCAUGUAGUUUAUUUAAAUAUGUUUGUAAUUUUGAAUGCAUCUGCAACAGUCAAUGCAAGAAAACUUUGAAUAUAUUCCUAGAUUAACUAAACGUAGCUGUCAUGUGGAGACAAUAUUAUAUAUAUAGAAUACACAGCAAGAAAGCGUAUUCCUAUCAAUACCUACAAUAUUUUUAUGCACUUUGCAACGAACAAUCAGUAUUUAUAACCUCACUGUAGGUUUAAUAGCUAAUUAUCAACGACCAUGGAGAGAAAUUCUGAUGAAUGUUCGACGUAUCUCAUAUUGAUGUCACACAAAUUUAUUCUUCUCUUUCAAAUUUGUUUUAUAGUUUUUUUAUUUAGUCAGAACUUCUUUCUUCUACUCUAAUAUUAGACAAGCUUCUCCAUAAGAGGGCUUUCGAUAUUCUCAAAGCGACAGGUUUGGUACAUAAAUGUAGUCACCGUGACUGCACAUUUAAAUGCUAACUGAAUGAUAACGUCACGUUUGAUAAGCCUCUCUCGUAUUGUAAUAAUAAGAGUUUAGAUAGAUACAAUCUUGCUUAAGUUCCAAGCAUUCCAUAAUACUCCUAUGGGAUCUCUAAUGUGUUUAAAAGCUUUCUUAGUCCAAAGACUAGCGUCUCGUAAGUUGUACAUAGCUGUAAUUGUAAAUAUGUACUGUAUCGAUUAUCUGUAAAUAUGAAUAUUAUAGAGACUAAACAUGCAUGAAAUGAUGUACCCUGCACAAUGAAUGGAGUGACAAUAAUGCAUCUGUUUAUUGAAACACACUUAACAUUAUGAUAAACUUUUAAGAUUACUCGUAUUAUAGUAACUGAUAAAGAAAUUAACUAUACGAUUGUUAUAAUUAUAUCAACCUACACAUUUUGUAUAAAUUAUCAUGUUUCCUUCAUGAAAACUGAUUAGUCAACCUGUAAUUAUUCCGGCACGUUUUAAUAUCUGCAAUAAUAAGCACAUCUCAUUCAAAUACGAAUGUACUUACUUAAUUUAAACUGAUAUAGUUAUUAUGAUUACCGAUUUUUUUUUUCAUCCAAAGUUAUAAUAGAGAAUUUUCAUUACCAUUUGAAUAUCGUUGAGCAGUACCUAACUCGUUAUCCAUUUAAGUUGGUUUCCGUUAGAGUCUCGCUCGACCCAGCAGUAUGUUAGAACAGAAAGUUCCUAAGCUAAAAUACUUUUUAAGAAAUAAUUAUUUUUAUCAUAUAUUUUAUAAAUUGUAAGUAAGUAAAGUUAAUUUAAAGGUUUCUUAUCAACGAAUUACAUAAAUAAAUCAAGCAGUAUAUCACGUGUAAGUUUACAAUCUACAUUCAAAUAUUAAAAUUUUGCAGUAUUUAUAAAUAUGACGCGUAACACUUUGCAUACAAGUUUGCUAGAAUAAUUGUCAUUUAAUAACUUACUCAUUAUAUGUAUUAUAUUUACUUAGUAGGUAACAAAUAGUCACAAAUAUUUUUUGUUCCGUUAAAAUGUAUGAUGAGCUUCAUAUGAGAACAGAUGAGCAAACUUGGAUGGAAUGAGUUAAAUGCGCAGUAAGUGCUUUAUGAAGGGCUAUUCUGCCAGCUUUUUACACUUUAUAAAAUAGUUAAUUGAAAACAUAUGCAGUAUGCCUUUGUGAAAAUGUUUUUUUGGAAGUACUUAAGUACUUAUUCAAAUUAUUUACAUAUGCCACUGACUUAAAUAAUUUAACAAAAUUGAUAUGGUACUUAAUUUAUUCAAAUAUUUCGUUUCAUUUAUAAAAGACUCACAAAAAAAAUAUAAUAACCAACAGAAUAGUGCCAUUCUUAACUUGUACUAAAUAUUGUAGCAUAAUGCUGGUUGUCUGUUUCCUUCAUACAUUUUAAACUAACAGUGUGAAGUGGAGGAGAAAAAAAGGGAAGUGGACUCUGGGCUUUGAUGUUCUAUGGCUGAGGAAGAAACCGGGAAAACCCUCAGAUGAGAGAGGGAGAUAAUAUAACUAACAGUAUUGCUGAUAUUUUUAUAUUCUCCAUGAAAAAAAUACAUAAUACAAAAUAUUGCAUUGCUAAAUUUACUAUUGGAAUAUGGUCUCUGUUUAAUCUAUUUCAUAUUUUAAUAUUAUAAUUUAUUGUAAGUGACUUCCAAAUUAUCAUCGGUGGGCUAGAUAAACCAAAGAUUACCUAUGUUUAAGAUAUGACGAGGGCCCUGUACAAUAUAAUGCUCCUGUCAUAAGUUAUAGUUUAGUUUAAGUUGUGCCAAAAUAUUUUUAAGGUCUCAAUAAUGUUGUAUAAGAAUCGAAAUUUUAUUUUUUACAAAUAAUGGCAUAUGUACUAUGGCAAUGUUUAGUUACUUGUGCAAUAUUGAUAUUGCGGAAAAGUAUUUCUUCCUUUUGUAACAUUUACAAUACAUAGAUAGGUAUAUUUAUAGUGUAAGCAAUAACAGUAAGCCAAUGUGAAUUCCUAUUGCCAUAUAUGUGUUUGUUGUAUAUGGGGGCGGGCUCGUGCUGUGCCCAAAGGUUGAUGAACAUUUGUUAAAAUAAGUACUUUAGAUUGUUAAACUUACCCAUAGAUUAACAUGUGUUAAAAUAUUGCCUAUAUAAAUUAUAGUAAUUCAUUUUACUUGAUAUUAUAAUGUAUAUUGAAUUUAUGAAUAUUAAAAAUAUAUAUUGACAUUUCAAUGCAA